CUCCUAUACCUGACCAAUGAAUCCUAUCCUCGAGGGGAAAAUCGAAGAGGGCGUGGAAAAGGAAGUCGAGCGGCAUACAGAAACAAGGGCAACCGAUCGAUAUCUGGUAACUCGGGCGCACAACAACAGUCUCCCGGACCCUCAACUCCACUGAACGGAGCUCCUGGAUCACCAGUGGUCAUGACCGAAUCUCAUCACAAUUCGCUUUCUGGCACGGUAUUAACGACGUCUAGCAACGGGACUGGGUUUUACGGCAACCAGGCAGUUAGCAUUAUGGAAUCUGAUCCCAAUGGCAUCGGGUUCAGAGAUAGCAGAUUCGGAACGCCAGCCACUGUGUGGCAUUCUACCGACGGAAACGCAUUGGGAUGGACAGCCGUCACCCAAUCGCCCCAACCUCAGUAUGUUGGCCAACAAAUUCAAUUAGAAGACAUACGAUACCAUUCGCCUGCCAACACUUUGCAUUAUUCUACUCACGCUCCACCAAAUGUUUAUAAUCAACCGGGUUAUCAAACGGUUAGCGCGGCUCAAACGCCGACAACUGGAUUCAUUCAAGUUAGCAAUGGUUUCGCUCAGCAACCCACCCAAGUAACCACCAGCUCAUUAAUAAAUGGCGUGCCAAACGUUGCGCCUACUUUAAACGGCAACGUAGAAUACUUGGAGACUUCGGGUAGAACAGAUUUUGUUAACGGAACACCGAAUUACAAUCACAUUUCCCAGACUGUACAAGAACAAUCACCAUCUUCUCAGACCUUAGAUUCGUCCAACGACACAUCUGUCAAAGUAGUUAACAACAGUUUUAGUCAACCCGGUGCGGGAAACGCGAUACCUGGGUACCCACCUCAACAACCUCCCCAAUCGCAACAGAGUUUACACAACUCUAAUGGGUACCCAGGUAAAAAUGAUGGAAAUUCCAUAGGGGAGGAGAGAAGUCGAGUUUCAAACUCUCCAGCAACUGGCGUAUGGGGCCAGUCAAAUAAUCAAUAUGAUACAUCAACACCAGUGUCUGAAAAAAGCAACUUAAAUAGUCGAAUAAAAUCAAUGAUUCUUAACAAACAACAAUAUCAACAACAACAAUAUUUACAAGAUAGACCACAAGAUCAACAACAAUCUCAACAUCAACAAUAUCUCAAUGAACAGUAUCAAAAAGAACAUAACUCUAAUGAACAAAACAAUCACCAACAUAUGCAUCAACAACAGCAGCAGCAGCAACAACAACAACAACAACAACAACAAGUGCAAAUUCAGCAACAAGUUCAACACCAACAGCAAGCUCAGCAGCAACAAGCACAUCAACAAGCGCAACAACAAGCGCAACAACAAGCUAAACAGCAAGCCCAACAACAAGCACAACAAAGUGCUGCUCAGCAUCAGCAGUAUCUUAAUGAUCAGUAUCAAACUGAACAGAGGCAUAGCCCUCAAGACCAAAACAACCAUCAACAAAUGCAUCAUCAGCAACAGAUACAACAACAACAAAUACAACAGCAGCAGCAGCAGCAGCAACAGCAACAGCAACAGCAACAGCAGCAACAACAACAACAACAACAACAACAACAGCAGCAGCAGCAGCAACAACAACAACAACAGCAACAACAACAACAACAACAACAACAACAGCAUCAUCAAAGUAUGCAACAAACGCAUAAUCAACUGCAAAUACAUCAACAACAUUUGCAUCGACAACAAAUAAUGCAACAGCAUCAAGCGCUUCAACGUCAACAAAGAAACGACGACAAUGGAGAUGCCAAGAGUCCAUUGAAUCAAUCUGAUCAUCAACAAUAUCUGGCGGACUCCAAACAAAACUUAAUUAGCAAUAAUUUUUUAGUCCAAGGCCACCAUCCUCGGAGCUUAGCUAUUGAGGGUGGUGGCUUCUAUUCGGAAGUCGAACGACAUCCGAAAUACCAUCACUACCAUUAUCAUAAUGAACAAAAAAAAUCAAAAGAAAAACUACAAUCACAGCAAAAACAACGACAACAGAAAGAUCAGCAACAUCAACAAAAAUUUGUUUAUAAUUAUAUGAAAAGUCUAGAAACCCAAAAAUAUAGCCAUAUUAAAGAAGAGUUUAUUAAAAUACCAUAUGAAGUGAGAUUGCACCAAUUACCGUUUGGAAUCGAUCCUAGAGUGAGCCAAAAGAAUGGCUAUGUAUUCUGUGGAAAUGGUGGCCCUAAUCCUAUUGAUGUUGUGGCGGGUCCAUGGUGCUGUCGAAUGGGUGGUACAGAUACUCCAACUACUAAACAUUUGUCUGAUGGGUGUUGUCAUGGAUUAAAGGCGUUGGAUGAAGAGAUAGAUCCGGUGGAAGCAAAACAAGAGAAUGCCCUGAAUAAUAGUCAAUGCUCUGAUAAUAUAGAUGAUAAACAAAAAAAUAACGUCAAAGCUACGGUUCCUGAUUGUAAUUGUUUCCCUACUGAUCAAGCCCCGCCAGAACCCGGACCGUUUUAUACUCACUUGGGUUCGGCCAAUAGUUUAAUGGAACUUAGAACAAAUAUGGAAAAUAUGUCAGGAAUCCGAGGAAAAGGAAUACGGAUGGAAAAGGUAUUGUAUACUGGUAAAGAAGGUAAAACUACGCAAGGUUGUCCUUUGGCCAAAUGGGUAAUACGACGUUCGUCGAUCGACGAAAAACUCUUAAUAGUUGUCAAAAACCGACGAGGACACAAAUGUCAACAUUCUUGGAUUGUCAUUUGUAUUGUAUCGUGGGAGGGAAUAUUGUCCGACGAGGCCGAUUUUCUGUACACCAUGCUGUCGCAUAAACUUAACAAAUAUGGAGUACCGACUACCAGACGAUGUGGUACGAACGAUCCACGAACAUGUGCCUGUCAAGGGCUUGAUCCGGAUUCAUGCGGAGCUUCGUUUUCGUUCGGUUGUUCUUGGUCGAUGUACUACAAUGGUUGUAAAUACGCAAGGAGUAAAGACGUGAGAAAAUUUAGGCUUUCCGUUCGGACAGAGGAACAAGAAUUAGAAGAACGAUUGCAAAUGCUAGCCACUAAUUUAUCGCCUCUAUACAAAUCAUUAGCGCCACGUUCAUACAACAAUCAAAUACAAUAUGAACGUGAAGGGUCAGAUUGUAGAUUAGGUUUCAAACCUGGUCGUCCUUUUGCGAGCGUUACGGCUUGUAUAGAUUUUUGCGCACAUGCUCAUCGAGACUUUCACAACAUGCACAAUGGUUGUACAGUCGUGGUAACAUUGAACAAACAUCGAGGGUUUCAAAAACCUGAUGACGAACAAUUGCAUGUAUUACCUUUAUACGUAGUAGACGAGUCGGAUGAAUUUGGAGACAAGCAGGCUCAAAGUGAUAAAUUUAAAAAUGGUUCGGUCGAAAUGCUUUCCAAAUUUCCAUGUGAGGUAAGAGUUAGAUCUGUACCAUUGACUCCUUGUAGACGUAAGAAACGCCAAGUUGAAGAACCAGAAUCUCCUAGAGGAGUAUCUACAACCUCAGUACCACAGAAAUCUGAAAAAAAUAAUGAUACACAAGUACAAAGUUCACAAAUAUCUUCAACGGUAUUGGAUAGCCCAACAAUAAAUAUGUAUCAACGAUGGAACCAUCAAGAUUUAUUGGAGCAGAGCCCAUCUAAUUUCUAUAACGUCCAAGAAUACAGUCCAUGGAAUAAUAUUGAUAACCUCAUGUCACCAAGCAUGGCGAUGGAAAUGAACUCGAAAGCAAACGUGACGAAUUACCAACCGUCAUCUAGGCAUCACGUCCGCAACCUAUGGCCACCCGUCGGUGGUGGAUUGCCUGGUGGCAAGCCGGUCGAGCCCGCAUUGGCCGGAAAUUCAACUCCGUUGAUACAAAAACCACCAGAUCACUAUAGUCAAUCGACCAGCUACGCUCAGAGCAGACCAGUUCCGAGACCGGCUGAGAUAGAAAAUGCCAAUAACUAUAAUUAUUAUUAUAAAUCUAGUCAAGCCCUGUCUAAUUCGACGGUGGCGACAAACGUUGUCACCGCCCCCCAAACAGAGUAUAGUCAUUGUUAUAGUCAACAACCAAAGUAUUUGCCACUGCACCCAGAGACUACUACUAACCAUUGGUGUCCACCACCAACACCACCGCAGUCAGAUUUGUAUCCGCCAUCACUACCGCAACCGUUCCAAAUCCACGCCUCCUAUCAGGACCCGACAACUAUGUUCAAUCAGGGGAUGUCCCAGUACCAGCUUCCAAGAUGGGAUCUAUACGGACCGACACCGUACUUCCCCUCAGUUGUGCCCGAACCUGCAGCGGCGCCCAAAGUACAUCCAAUCGGUGAAGUGACCGAUUAUGUAGAGAAUGAAGAAUGCUUCAAGGAUUCGCAAAUGGGUGGCGUGGCCAUAGCGCUAAGUCACGGUUCUGUUCUAUUCGAGGUGGCCAAACAGGAACUGCACGCUACCACGGCACUUCGGAAACCUGACAGACUGCAUCCGACCCGCAUCAGCCUAGUGUUUUAUCAGCACCGAAACUUGAACAGACCAAAACACGGAUGGGACGAAUGGGAAGAGAAAAUGAGGGUGCGAAAGAUGGGCAACGCAUCUACCAAUUGCAAUAGCGGCACUGGCACAGCAGCCACGACUACGGCCAUCACGGCCAAUCCACUGUUGACAGCCAGUGGUGGACGCAAAUCGACCACUGUGACCACCACCACGUGGACGACACUAUUUCCAAUGUUCCCGUGCGUAGUAACCGGACCAUACCAGGAGAACCAAUGUCAAUAGUUGCAGUAUACGUAUGCCACCGGAGCAAAAGGGAUGAGGUUGUUUUACUUCCUUUUUUUUUAUAUUCGUUUUUAUACUUAGUCGAUCGGCCGCCCCUUACGCCACGUGAUUUCGACUUAUCUUCUCUACUCAAUCCCGCCAAAAAUUCGUUAUUUCUCCUCCGUACAAUAAAUUAUUAUACACACAACUAUACUUCUCAAAUUUCAUCCGAUUGCCAAAGAAGUUUUAUACAAUAUACGUUUAUCGUUUCAUUUUUUAUUUGGAUUAAGUAAUCAUUUUACUUUUAUAAGAAAA